AUGUCUAACAUCACUAACUUCUUUUAUCACAACCAUAGUGAGACAUAUAGAAAAUUGUACUUUAAGUCGUGGUUACCUCAAGUGUAUUUUCCAACUGUAGAGCUAUUGAGAAAGAGUGUUCUUGAAAUAGCAGUAAAGCAAUACACUGAUGAGCUCAGUGAUGCUAUAACAAUAUGUAAGCAUCAAAAAUUAAGUACCAUUGUAAAAAAGUUGGAACAAAUAUCUCAGAGGUUUUCGAAGAUACCUCAGGGACAAUUACAAAAAAUGUUUAGUGAAGCGUAUCAGGCAGAAAAAAGACGAAUUAAUGCGGUAAAUGCCAGUUGCUUCAUGAAAGUUGAGGGAGUGCUAAACGAAAUUUAUGGGUGUUUAAAACAGCUUGAUUUAACUUUUAUCAAUUCGGGUAAUCCAAUAGCAUCUGGAAUUAUAGAUAUUUCUGAAAGAGUAGAUAGCAUGACAGAUAAGUUAUUAGUAGAGACUAAACAGGUUCUUAAGAAAAUUGAAUUAAGUGAACCGGAAUUUUUAGAAAAAAUGAUCACCAUGCUGGAUGAAUUUAUUAAUACAUAUGAGUUAUUAGGUCUCAAUUUCGAUUUGGCUCUUGUUAAUCCUAUUACAUUCCCAUGA